AUGGACGAGAAGUGUUUUACAAAGGAGAUCGACCUAUGGAUCGAACAAAUCAACGACUGCAAACAGCUGUCAGAGAGCCAAGUCAAAACUCUUUGCGAAAAGGUAAGGUAAACAGAAAUAAAACUUUCCAUCUAAAAAUGUUUCAGUGUAACAUUCAGGGGGAUGAUACAUAUUGCGCAGUUUAUCGCUGUCAGCACUUGCCAAAUAGUUUACAACGUAAUCCUGUCUAGUUUCAAGAGCGAUUAUUUAUAUUUAUAUAGCCUACUUUCUCGUGUAGGCCUAUCUAAAACGCUCGUCAACCUUUCAGAAAUACUAACAUGUAUGGCUUACAAAUGAUCGAACUAUUCGAGUGUGUCUUUUUGACCCUUCCAUUCCUCUGACAUUCUUAAAAUGGCGCCGAUGUAAGUAAAACAUUAACGUUACAUUGCUCAACUUCUCAUUCUGCUGAGCUGUAAGACUGGUUUAGCAUUUUACUGCAGCAAUGUAUGGUUUAUUUUGGAGAAGCCAAACCGUUGCAUUCAUUCGUAUAAACAUGUGUUUGUCUGGAACAUCUUUUAAAUGUCAGUAGUGGUCGCCCAGCUUUCUUGAAGGCCAGCUAAAGAAUGCAAGGCUCAUACCUGGUUUACUACCAACUCAUUCAGACUGCCUGUCUGACUGAUUGAGUGUCUCAUUUAGUUAUGGGAUGCCUGGGGUAUGUUAUUAGCGUCAUAAUGUAUGUCCUGAUGGUAUGACUGAGUGUCCUGUGGCAAAAUCACUGCGGUUGUCCAAGAAAUGUCAAGCAUUUUCAUUUAUUUGUUGGGUAUAGUCAAACUAUACACAUCUGAGUACAGUUGUAAAACACAGACAUACAAACACACACACACAUAUCCUGGAUUCCCACCCUGAGUGAACUGAACUGUGGGACUGGACAAGAACUAGGGCAGACAGAAGUUACACUUUAUCAAGUCAUCAGUGCAUCAUCAAGGGUCUGAGCAGGGAUUUAACCUCAAUCUUCAUUGAUACCCUUUUCACUUGACUGUUACACUUAUGUAUGGGCUUAAAUACUUAUUUUUUAAUAACCCAGUGCGUCUACUCACGUACUUGUUUGGCUUGUUUACUAAUAGGUGAUUAUUAUCCUGAGAUGAUUUGAAGGUUAGAGGCCAGGAUUACGGUACGGAUGAAAAUGGUACCCGGCUAGAAUUUCGCAUCAUUGGCAAAUAUUUACCACUAGGCUACAAGGUGUCAGCGAUCACAUUCUAUUAGCCUGUGGAGUUCAGUCUCAAGCGAGUAGAGGGGUUUUGCCACUUACUCAAGUCAAACUGUGAGUUGUCAAAUGGUUACCAUUUUGUUGUUGUAAUCAGUGGUCUCACAAACCCCUGAGCACGUGAUUGACCAGCUCCUUCACAGCUCUUAAAAGGUAGGUUUUAGAGCACAUAUUUGCUCAUGUGUUCAGCAGAAUGUGCAGCCAGAGUAAAAAUAGCCUUGGAUGUGAUUGAUUCUGAGUUGCAUCACCACCACAUAAUUGCUUGUCUCUGUGACUCAAUACAACACUGGAUAAAUCACCUCUUGCUUGUCUCUGUGACUGAAUACAACACCGGAGAAAUCACAUUUUAGUCAUUUAGCAGACGCUCUUAUCCAGAGCGACUUACAGUUAGUGAAUGCAUUUUUCAUACUGGCCCCCCGUGGGAAACAAACCCACAUCCCUGCCGGCCAAACCCUCCCCUACCUUGGACGACGCUGGACCAAUUGUGCGCCGCCCAUGGGUCUCCCAGUUGCCUGGACUCGAACCAGGAUCUCUAGUGGCACAGCUAGCACUGCGAUGCAGUGCCUUAGACCACUGCGCCACUCGGGAGUCACCUCUUGCUUGUCUCUGUGACUCAAUAUAACACUGGUGGAAUGGCCUCUGUCUUGGGAUACAAAUUACAGAACGGGGGGAGAGUGUGAUUUACUGAUGGGAAGAUGAGAACUUCACUUCACACUGUUUGUUCAUUCAGUGAAAUCAUUCUAGGUCAAAGGUUUAUAAUUAUUACUGCACAUUGUCUAGCCUAUUUAUUAUUGCACUAUUAAUUAUCUAUUGCACAAUUUCCUGUUCUGUCACAUGUAAAUAUUUGACAUAAAUUAGUUUGAGCGCAUUCUUGUAUCAUAUUAUUGCUCAAUGACUAUUCUAUUUUUACUUCAUUGAAUUUUUAUUUUUACUACUCUUUGUAUUCACUUACUUACUUUUUGUAUUGUUGCAUUGUUGAGAGGUGAACCUGCAAGUAAGCAUUUCAUUGCACUGUGUACUCUGUGUAUAUGACGAAUAAACAAACUUGAGGUUUUUAGCUGAUGCCAGCAAGGCAUAUCUUUAGUAGGUGCGGCAAUGAGGGGUGAGGCAUUUAUGUCAUCCAUUCAAUAUAGACAUGCCUAGAUCAGUUGUCUUAGGAUACUGAUGAAAGACGAUCCAUGUUCUGAGGUCAUACCAUAUUGUAGGCUGUAUUGACUCUGUUCUAUACUAUAUUAUGUUUACCAAUGUUCUGAGUCCCACUGACCUACUCUAGUUUGUCUGGCUCUGGCCUCUAUCUGACUCUUUUUAUUUGUAAUAUAUCCACUCAAAUACAUUUGGAAAAAUAUCAGGUUUGUUUAAUAUGGCCUGGUUGCUCUGUUUCUCUCCUCCAUCUGCCAGUGUGUCUCUCUCCCUUGCUGUCUCUCAGGGCGUUGCUGCCUGGAGCAGAUAUCACUCUCGCUCAUCUCUGACACACACAUCCCUGCUCUACUCUAUGCCUGCUGCUCUCAAAAUGGGAUUUAUGCUCAAAAAGCUCCUUACACCCCCAACCCCCAGUGUACUGCCAACAAUUUAUAAUCCCAGCCAGACACCAAUGAUCAUCUCUACUGAUUUUAGGCCCUGGAAUGGUCCGGAGACGGGCCUAGGCAUAUGUGUGUGUUGCCACUUUGUUUAACCUAGAACUUGUUUCAAAGACUAACACUGAUGCUUUUUGAGAGAGGGGGAAGGAGGGAGAGAUUGCAUUGGCAACAAAUAUAGCCCUGCAUGCAAUCAAGUGCAUUAUAGAAGAGAAGUGGAGUGUUUCCCCCUAUAAUCUCAUCUGCUUUGCCCCCAGCAGGCCUUACUGUUUUUCUUAGAGCUGCACUACACAGUCCACUGGUUUCUAGGAACUGCAUUGCCGUUCAACUAGCUUGCCAAAUGUCAUUAGUCUAUUUAUUUUCUUGGGGAAGUUAAGGGUGGGAAGGGAGGCACUCAAACAUAGCCUUAUGUUUGUAUGUGUUUUGUCCAGGGUAAGGAGAAACCUAGCCUAAUUUUGUGUGUGUGUGUGUGUGUUGUCCAGGCGAAGGAGAUUCUGACCAAGGAAUCCAACGUGCAGGAGGUCCGAUGUCCGGUCACAGUGUGUGGAGACGUCCACGGCCAGUUCCACGACCUCAUGGAGCUCUUCAGAAUCGGAGGGAAGUCUCCAGACACAAACUACCUGUUCAUGGGAGACUACGUGGACCGAGGCUACUACUCUGUAGAAACUGUCACACUACUUGUAGCACUUAAGGCAAGUGUUGUUAUUGGUCACUUGGAGUUUUGAAUGACCUUUCACAUUUUGAAUUUGCCCUACAAGAGUGCUCAAUGAUAAGUUACACAGGGCCUUGUGAUGCCAAAGUAAUGUAAUGCUAAGACACACUCUCAUUCACAGAAUGCCCUGGAAGGCUAUUCAUUCAACAGUGCUGUUUUGUAAUCCCCUGUAUUUUUAACAUUGAUCACAGGUUAGGUACCGUGAACGCAUCACAAUCCUUCGGGGGAACCACGAAAGCAGACAAAUCACACAAGUGUACGGCUUCUACGACGAGUGCCUAAGGAAAUACGGCAAUGCAAACGUAUGGAAAUACUUCACAGACCUCUUCGAUUACCUUCCUCUCACAGCCUUGGUAGAUACUCAGGUAAGAGGUUUCACACAUUUAAUCCAUAUGACGUUGAAGAUGCAAUGCUUUACCUGUUGUAUGCUGUAAAUACAAAUUCACUCAAGGGUAUAUAUCUUUCUUAUGUCUCAGUCAAACUGUUACUCAGUCAGAACCAAUAUUUAAAUUCUCAGGUAAAAUGUUCUGUUUUCUUUCCCUUCUAAGAUAUUCUGUCUUCACGGAGGCCUGUCGCCGUCCAUAGACACGUUGGAUCACAUCCGAGCGCUGGACCGUUUGCAGGAAGUGCCACACGAGGUACAUGGCUCAACAACCCUGCUUCUGAGCAUGCUCUGCUGUCUCAUUGCUGCUAGUUAGAAGUAACUUUUAGGCACAGGUCCAGGAUAAAUUUGUCUGUUCCUAAUCCUAACCGCAACCAUUAGGACAAAACUGACCAUAUCAACUUUCCAUCCUCCCCUGCUCUCAGUGACCCUGUUCACCAUAUAGAUCCGUAUCUUUAUUACUAUGCUGCUUACACACAUCUCCUCUCUUCCACAGGGCCCCAUGUGUGACCUGCUGUGGUCAGACCCAGAUGACCGUGGGGGCUGGGGCAUCUCCCCCAGGGGGGCCGGCUACACCUUUGGCCAGGAUAUAUCUGAGACAUUUAACCAUGCCAACCGCCUUACCCUGGUCUCCAGAGCUCACCAGCUGGUUAUGGAGGUAAGCUGCCUGUCGCUGAUUCUCCAUGCUUGAAAUCUCAAAGGUGAUCACAAUGUGAAAUGUAUGAGUAUGAAAGCUUAUCUGAAUGCAUUUCAUGUUACCCCCUCAUUCAGGUUAAUGCACAUGUCCUGUAAAAUGUUAUGUCUGUAGGACUGUCUCAGAUUUCUGCAUUCACUAUUACUUCACUGUUCUCCUGUUUUUUUCUAUAGGGUUACAACUGGUGCCACGAGCGAAACGUGGUAACGAUAUUCAGUGCACCAAAUUACUGUUACCGUUGUGGUAACCAGGCAGCCAUCAUGGAACUCGACGACACCCUGAAAUACUCCUUGUAAGCAUAUUGAUUACCAUUCCAUAAAUUGCCAACCCUCCUCAGUUUGUUGCUCUACCUGCAAGGUCCUCUAUUCUUUCUGGAGGAUGAUGAUGAUGGUGAAGAAUGUCUGCUAAAUGACCUAAAUGUGAUCUAAUGAUGAUCCAUUAACUCUCAACAGGAUUUUAGAUUAAAAACAAGAUGUGUGUUUGUUUUGUUUCUCUUUUCCAGCCUGCAGUUUGACCCUGCGCCUCGUAGAGGGGAACCCCAUGUCACCCGUCGCACCCCAGACUACUUCCUGUAA